GUUCCACGUAUGACCAUGCACUGUCUGCUGGACAGCGAACAGUCAUCACCACCAUCGCAACGAUGACUGAGUCCCUCGUCGCUGUCCGCGUCGAGCUACCCACUUACUCGCUUUCAUUUACAGUCGAUGUUCCCAUAUCCGCUACCGUGCUCGAUGUCAAACAUGCAAUUUCAGCGUCCUGCGCUGGACAGCCCUGUGUCGAGGGACAGCGUAUAAUCUGGAGGGGGCGCUACCUCGGCGACCAAGAGAAAAUAUCGGAUGUAUGGAAGAUGACAGACGAGCAACGCAUCGUCCACCUGUCCGUGCACCCCUCCGCUUGGUCUGGUGCCCCCCCAACUUCGAAUUCUAGUGCAACAUCAUCCACGAUCCCUAUAUCCGACAAAGGGAAAUCACCCUCAACACAAUGCGACGCUCCUUCCAACACCCCCUCAGCCCCUCCCGGGACACAAUCUCAUCCUUUCACACAUUUACCUCUAGACCACCAAUUUAUCGCCUAUGUCCAUCAGGUUGCUCUAUCCAAGCUCACUAGAGGGCUCAUUGAGCACCCACAAAAUUCAGUCAUUCCGUUUCGCACAAUUGCAUUGGAGAACCUCGAGAAGAAGGGAUAUGUUUGGCCUUCAGUACUGGACGAGCCAUAUCCUUUCUUUCAGCCUGGCGACGGCCCUGGACUGCAGUACGAAUUGAUGACUACUAAUGGCAAGUCAUACCUCUCCCUCUGCAAUCCAGGUUCAAAGCCUACCGCCGGGCAAGUACACGCCCUCAAGGUCUUGACCUAUACAUUUUCGAUAUUGUCCUUUCAACCGUUGCCUCAACCACCGACGCCAACACCGACCACUUCCUCCACUGACACUGUACCACCUCAUCUAAAUGAACUCCUCCAGCAGCUUGGCCUUCCCCCACUUCGUGCUAACCCGAACGUUAAUAUCGACGUCGAUGUCAAUGGUCAGAUUGGCGUCGGAGCGAAUGUACAAGCACCAGGAGAUGAAGCCCAGAUACUCCCCGAUAUUCCGGUUCGUGCGCUACUGGCUCCCUUGGUGAUGUGGAUCGUCUAUGAGAUGUGGACGAAUGUGCGGAAUGUUGUACUCGGACCACUUAAUCGGGAGAGGGAGCGUUUAGCUGGUGUUGCUGCUGAGGCUGCAAGACAGGCUCCAGGCCAGGGUCAACCUGGAGAUCCACCAGGGACUCCUGCACCUUCUUCUCAGUCCGACACACAAGCGCACACACAGACUCAAGAAGCGCAGGGGCCUCCACCCUCCAGCAACUCCACCUCUCUUCUGGACCUCCUCGCACGUAUAGGCAUCGAUUCGGAGAAUAAGUUACUCUGGCCGACGUCUUCACUGCGCGCGCCACUUUCGCCACCGAGUCUGAUGCACAAGGUGUCAACCUUCGUAAGUUUGAUUGUGCUGACUCUCCAUCCGGAUGUAUGGAACCGCAGGCGCGCAGCGCUGAGGACAAGGGAAGGGCGUUUACGAACAGAAGUGAACGCCAUGGAACGAGAGGUUGAGAGAGUAGAAGGACAGGAAUUGAGCGAGGAUGACAGAAAGAGGGAGGACAUGACGGCUGCGCUGCGGGUGCAGGAUGGAAGGCGCACUCUAUGGGUGAAAACUUAUAUUCAGCGCGUCAGAGGCGGAGAGUGGGUAGAUGAUUUAUAG